AUGUAUGAUAUAAUUUUCAUUUUAUUUUUAAGCUAAUUCAUAAUAAAUGCAACAAAUUCAAUAAUUGCUCCUUUUUUUCCUUAAUAUGCAUUUUAAUGGGGUUUAUCUUAAUUUAGUAUUAGUUUAAUAUUUAGUAUUCAUCCUGUAGGAAAUUUAAUCUGUUAUUUUUUAUUAGGGAAAUAAAUAUGUGAUGAAAAAUAUUAAAAAAUAUCACAAAUGGCAGGAAUUUUUUUGAAUAUAAUUGGCAUUUUCUCCUUUGCUAUUUUGAGUUUAUUUUAAGACAAAGCAUAUAUUUUUUCUAUAAGUUUAUUAGCAAAGUUUAUUUUAGGGAUAGUUAAAAAUAUAUACAUAUUCAAAAAAAUUAAUAUUUUUAAUAAAAAAAAAUUAUAGGCAUAAACCCUUUUUAAUUUUCCAUUUUAUUCGUAUAUUCCUAUAUUGUAUUAAACUGAAUAUAAAUAAAAAUUUUUGCAUUUAGAGUUAUUUUCAGGAAUGGGUUUCCUUUUUGGACCUUUUUUAAGCGGAUUUCUUAUUUAAGCUUUUGGUUGGGUAAUCCCAUUUAUUAUAUUUGGAAUUAUAUGUAUAUUAUUAUUAUUUACAUUUUAAAAAUAAAUUCCUGAUAGAAUGAUUUUAAAAAUAAAAUAAAAUGAAAAAAUUAAAAAUUAAAAUGAGAUAAAUAGUUAGUAUUUAUUUUAUGAUAAAAUUUAAGAUAACUAUUAAAUUUAUAAAUUAAAAUAUUCAAAUAAAAAUCUGAUUACAGUUUAUAUUUUAAUGAUUAUUCCUUGCUGUGGAAUUAUGUCAUUAGAAGCUACAUUUAGUCUAUAUAUAUAAUAAAAAUAUUAAACAAAUUAUUUUUUUAUGGGUAUUAUAUUUAGUUUCGGAAUGAUUUUAUAUAUAGUUUUUGUCCCUUUAAUUAAGAUUAUUUAUAAUUAUUCUUAUUUAGUUAUAUUUAUUGGAAUAUUUGUUACAGGCAUAUGCUUUUGUUUAAUAGGGCCUUAUUAUUUUUUAUUUUAAAAUAUAUAAUUAAAUUACAUUUGUGCUUCUUAUAUAUUUCUAUCUUUUUCUAUUUUAAUGAUUUAUUUUCCAUCUUUAUUACUAAUAACUAAUAUAAUAAAUAUUACCAAUAUAAAUAAUAAAUAAUUUUUUAUAUUAUUUUAAAAAAGUUAUAAUUAUUACAAUACACUUUAUUGUUCAGGAUAAUUUAUCGGACCUUUGCUUGGAGGUUUCAUGACUGAGUUUUUAAGUUUUGAAACUUGCAAUAGUAUUUUUGGUAUAACAGUAUUAUUUUGGGGAAUUAUUUUUUAUUUUUAAAAAAAUUAAUACUAAUUUGAUUGUUAAUAUUAUUGUGUGUAUAUUCAAGGAGUUAAAGAUUUAAUUAUAACUCCAAACAUUUAAAAUUAAUAGAAAAACUAUAAAAAAAAAUUAGUUUUAAUUUGUUAUUUGUAGAAAAAAAUAUUAACUAUAAAUGAAAAUUAAAAAUGA